AAGAUUGCCUUCUCUGGCCUGGCGAUACCCUCUCUCGAAAACCAUAGAGAGAACGAGAGACAGCGGGAGAAAAAAGACUCAGCGAUUCGAAGAGAAAAUCAUAAAAGCUCUCUCGUUCUCUAGGGUUUUCCUUUCCUGAAACCUUCGAUUUCGCCUUUUUUCCCUCUAUCGGCUGAUUGAUUGAUUGAUUGGUUAAUUGAUUGAUUUCCGAAUCCGGAAUCCAAAAUCCAAGUUUGAAGGGCUAUAUAAGACUGUGAAAUUCUUCAACACUGAUUUCGUUGGCAUUACUACCUUGGUACCUUCAAUUCGUUGUUAGGUGGCAUUUCUCCGUUUCUGUGUUGGAAUACCUGAUUAAGAUUUGAAAUUUUUUUUUUGGUACCGGUGUAUGCUAAUAUUACAAAAUGGCGUGCAAUUUGCUGCAGCCGAUAAUUUAGAGAAGAUGGUGUUCUGGCUGUUUGGAUAUGGCUCAUUGGUUUGGAAUCCCGGUUUCGAAUAUGAAGAGAAAAUAAUAGGUUUCAUCAAGGAUUAUCGCCGGGUUUUCGAUCUUGCUUGCAUUGACCAUAGGGGCACUCCUGAGCGACCGGCAAGAACUUGCACCUUGGAACAGAUACAAGGGGCUGUUUGCUGGGGUGCUGCAUAUUGCUUCGGAGGAGGACCGGAGAAGGAAAAAGCAGCAAUGGAGUAUUUACAACGAAGAGAAUGCGAGUAUGAUCAGAAAACUCUUGUGGACUUUUAUAAGGAAGGAGACACUGAGGAACCAGCCCUAACUGGUGUGAUAGUUUUUACAUCCACCCCUGACCCUGUCUCAAAUAAGUACUACCUAGGCCCUGCCCCUUUGGAAGACAUGGCAAGGCAAAUUGCAACGGCCUUUGGUCCCUGUGGCAAUAACAGAGACUACCUCUUUUUAUUGGAGAAAGCCAUGUUUGAUAUUGGCCAUGAAGAUGACUAUGUAAUAGAAUUGGCAAAUGAGGUGAGGAAAGUUUUGGGAGUUCUGGGCAUCUGUAUACCAAAGGAGAAGAGAUUGCUUGGACCUUCCCACAUCCCACUCAAAUCGCUAGUCUCACCAAUCAAUUUACGGCGGUUGCCGGAAGCUGUUGCUAUGGAUUCUUGAAGUGGAAAAAAGGCGGAAUUCUUUUUAACAAAAUCGAGUCUGACAUUUUAUUGCGGAACCUCUCUAAAUUAUACCACUUUAUUUUGAAGUUGUUAGAUCUUUUUCUAGAACUAGACUUUCUUCUGUGACUUUUAAGCGGUUGGAUUGAUGGAUUCAAAUCUGACUUAGUAUUUAGAAUUUUAUAGUAUGCGGCUUUAGAACCUAAGUACUGAAUAAUUGACUGGCACGUCUUGACUGUAGCUCCCGGCCAAUGGAAUUAAUGCAGUAUUUCUAUUUUUCUUCCUUGCCA